AUGGACCGAAAAUACUGUGUAAGUGCCGCGACUGCAAAGUGCAGAUCGUCCGUGAUAAGGGCGGACCAGAGGAGCGCCACAAUCCACAAUGACCAUGAAACCGCCAUCCACUCCCCCUCCGACGACGGCAGCGGCGACUUCCGCGCCAUCGACCCUCAGUCGGGCGUCAAGCGCGGCCUGAAAACCCGACACCUAUCCAUGAUGGCCCUAGCCGGCAUCAUCGGCCCCGGCUUACUCGUGGGCUCCGGAGGUGCUCUGCACUCCGGUGGCCCUGCAUCGCUGUUGAUCGGCUUUGGAGUUAUUGGCCUCAUUGCUUUCAGCAUCAUGCAGAGUCUGGGCGAGCUGACGACGCUUUAUCCGAGCGGUGGUGCUUUUACGGAUCUUGGGGAUCGGUUUAUUGAUAAGGCCUUUGGGGUGGCGGUGGGGUGGAAUUAUCUUAUUAUUUGGGUGUGUGUCCUGGCGAACGAGUAUAACGUUAUUUCGAGUGUCAUGGUGUAUUGGAGCGAUAAAGUUCCGCUUUGGGGAUACUUUUUGAUGUUUUGGUUCGCAUUCUUGGGCUUUCAACUUCUUGGUGUUGAGACCUUUGGUGAAGCCGAGUUCUGGCUGGCGCUUCUCAAGCUCAUUGGCUUGGUAGCUUACUUCAUCUUCAGCAUCGUUUACGUAUCUGGAGGCGUUAAAGGCGCGGACGCAAUUGGUUUCAAAUACUGGCACAACCCCGGUGCGUUCGCUGACGGUUUCCGCGGCGUUGCCUCCGUCUUCGUCUUCUGCUCCACCUUCUACGCCGGCGUCGAAUCCGUCGCCGUUGCCGCCACCGAGACCAAGAACCCGGGUGUUGCCGUCCCCCGUUCCAUCCGCCAAGUCUUUGUCCGCAUCGUCUUCAUUUACAUGGGAAGCGCCUUCUUCUUCGGCUUGACCUGCCCCUCGAACGCUCCCGAACUCGUCGGUGGCGCCAGCCGCGCCCUCAAGUCGCCCAUGACCGUCGCUCUGCAGAACGCCGGCUGGGCGAACGGUGUCCACCUGAUCAACGCCUUCAUUUUCGUCACCUGCCUGAGCGCCGUCAACAGCUCGAUUUACAUCGGCAGCCGCACCAUCUUGUACAUGGCGCAGGACGGGAAGGCGCCCAAGUUCCUCGGGUGGACGGAUCGCCGUGGCGUUCCAGUGUACGCCAUCAUCUUCACCAAUGCGUGUGGAGCCCUGUCAAUGAUGAACGUCAGCACCGGCGCAAGCAAGGCGUACGGGUACAUUGUCAACCUGAGUGGUGUCUCGACCUUCCUGGUGUGGGGCUCGAUCAGUCUAAUUCACAUCCGCUUCCGGGCAGCUUGGAAGGCACAAGGGCAUAGCCCGGAGGAGCUGCCGUUCAAAUCGUUGUGGUACCCGUGGAAUGCGUGGUUCGGCCUGGUUGCCAAUGUGUUCUUGGCCUUUGUGCAGGGCUGGUCGACGCUGGCGCCGUUUGAUGCGGGCAACUUUGUGGACGCGUACAUCCUGUUGCCGUUGUUUCCUGUCAUUUACUUUGUGUACAAGUUCACGUUCAAGACGAGACUGUGGAGGCCGCAUGAGGUUGAUCUUCAGGCGGGAAGACGGAGGGAUCUUGAUGAGGCGAAGAAGGUGGAGACAAGAGCGGAUGGGAGGCCGCUGCCGUGGUGGAGGACGGUUUUUUCCAGUCUAUGA